UGCGCAUGAAAAUUGUUGCUAGAAAAACGUGUUCUUUUCUCUUGUGUUCUACCGUUCUUUGACGCAGGUCUGUUUAAAGAAUCGCGAAAAUGGCAGAGGCAGAUGAAACUCAAAAAAAGAAGAGGACCUUUAGGAAGUUCACAUUCCGAGGGGUUGAUCUUGAUCAACUCUUGGAUAUGCCAAAUGAACAGCUGAUGGAUUUGAUGCAUGCUAGAGCACGUAGACGCUUUUCUCAUGGCUUGAAAAGAAAGUCUAUGGCUCUUGUCAAGAAGCUACGCAAAGCAAAGAAGGAGACUCCACCUAAUGAGAAACCUGAGAUUGUAAAGACGCAUUUGCGUAAUAUGAUUAUCGUCCCAGAAAUGGUUGGUUCUAUUGUUGGUGUAUACAAUGGUAAAACUUUUAACCAAGUUGAAAUCAAACCAGAAAUGAUCGGCCAUUAUCUUGGAGAAUUUUCUGUUACAUACAAACCUGUUAAACACGGUAGACCUGGUAUUGGUGCUACUCAUUCUUCACGAUUUAUUCCACUCAAAUAAAAUGUAUUUGUCUAUCUUGUACCAAUAAAUUAUCAAAAACCUUACAA